AUGGAUGCCCGCCAGGUGCUGCAGAGCACCCUCGCGCCAGAUGCCGCUGAGCGUAGCAAUGCCGAACAACAGCUCGCCCACGCCGCGGAGGUCGAUUUCGCCGCAUACCUCAUCACCCUCGGCCAAGAACUCGCCAACGAGAGCAGCCCCGCCCACAUCCGUGUCGCCGCCGGUAUCGCCUUGAAGAACGCCUUCACUUUCCGGGAUCAGGCCAAGUUGCGGGAAGUGCAGAUGCGAUGGGCCCAGAGCAUCAACCCCGAGACCAAGUCACAAGUCAAGGAGCUCGCCCUGAAGACCCUACAGUCAGCUGACGCGCGUGCCGGAAAUGCCGCCGCUAACCUGAUCGUUUCCAUUGCCGCAAUUGAGUUGCCGCGUGGUGAGUGGCCCGAUUUGAUGAGCAUCCUUGUCCAGAAUGUCGCCAGCGGAAACGACUCCCUGAAGCAGUCAUCUCUCACUACGAUCGGUUACAUUUGCGAGUCGCAAGAUCCCGAUCUCCGCGCCAGCUUGACUCAACACUCCAAUGCUAUCCUUACUGCGGUCGUCCAGGGCGCUCGGCGCGAGGAGCCGAACAUGGAUGUUCGCUUCGCUGCUAUCGCCGCUCUCAGUGAUGCUGUCGACUUCGUUCGCACCAACAUGGACAACGAGGGAGAGCGCAACUACAUUAUGCAGGUCGUCUGUGAGGCCACCCAGGCCGAUGAGGUCCGUGUGCAGGCCGCAGCAUUCGGUUGUCUCAACCGUAUCAUGGGAUCCUACUACGAGAAGAUGCGCUUCUACAUGGAGAAGGCUCUCUUUGGCCUGAGCAUUAUGGGUAUGAAGAGCGAGGAGGAGGAAGUUGCCAAACUUGCUAUUGAGUUCUGGUGCACUGUCUGCGAAGAGGAGAUCGCUAUCGAGGAUGAUAACGCUGAGGCCCAGCAGGACGGCACUGAGGCCCGUCCUUUCUUCGGAUUUGCCCGUAUCGCUACCCGCGAGGUCCUCCCAGUCUUGCUGCAGUCCAUGUGCCGUCAGGAUGAGGAUGCUGGGGACGAUGAAUACAACGUGUCCCGUGCUGCCUACCAGGCUUUGCAGCUUUACGCCCAGUGUGUCCAGGACGAUGUCAUUCAGCCCGUCGUGACUUUUGUCGAAGAGAACAUCCGCAACGAGGACUGGCACCGCCGUGAUGCUGCCGUCGCUGCUUUCGGCGCUAUCAUGGAAGGUCCCCAGCCCACUGUUCUGGAGCCUCUCAUCAAGCAGGCUUUGCCUGUGCUGCUUGGCAUGAUGGAGGAUAGCUCCGUCUCUGUCCGCGACUCCACUGCUUAUGCUCUGGGUCGCGUGUGCGACUGUUGCCCUGAGGUUCUGGACCCCGAGGUCCACCUGCAGCCUCUUAUCUCCUGCCUGUUCAACGGCCUCGCAAACUCCCCCAAGAUUGCCAGCUCCUGCUGCUGGGCUCUUAUGAAUGUCGCAGACCGGUUCGCUGGUGAUGAUGGUUCCCAGACCAACCCCCUGUCAAAGCACUUUGAGGACAGUGUGAAGUCCCUAUUGACAGUGACUGAGCGACAAGAUGCCGACAACCAGCUCCGUACCGCUGGAUACGAAGUACUCAACUCUUUUGUUAUGAACUCGGCCAACGACAGCCUCCCUAUGGUUGCGACUCUCUCGGAUGUUAUCCUCCAGCGUCUGGAGCACACCGUUCCUAUGCAGCAGCAGGUUGUCAGCGCCGAGGACCGUAUCCUUCUGGAGGAGAUGCAGACAAGCUUGAUCAGUGUGAUUCUGGCUAUUGUUCAGCGCUUCGAGGCUGAUAUUAAGCCCCAGGCUGACCGUAUCAUGCAUGUGCUGCUCCUGGUUCUGAAUACUCUUGGCCCCAAGUCGAGCGUGCCCGAUGUUGUCUUUGCUACCGUUGGUGCUAUUGCCGGUGCCCUGGAGGAUGACUUCAUCAAGUACAUGGAAUCAUUCAGCCCCUUCCUGUACAAUGCCCUGGGCAAUCAGGAGGAGCCCGGCCUCUGCGCCAUGGCCAUUGGGUUGGUCAGUGACAUUGCUCGUGCCCUGAACGACAAAGUUCAGCCUUACUGCGACGAUUUCAUGAACUUCCUCCUUAAGACUCUCCAGACCUCGACCAACCAGCUCAAGCCUGCGAUUCUUGAGACCUUCGGUGAUAUUGCCCAGGCCAUCGGAACCAAGUUCGAUACCUACUUGGCUGUCGUUGGCCAGGUUCUCCAGCAGGCCUCUAGCGUGACCACUAGCUCUGACCUUCCUUACGACAUGGUCGACUACAUCGUUUCUCUCCGUGAAGGUAUCAUGGAUGCCUGGGGCGGUAUUCUCCUGUCCUAUAAGGGCACUCCUUCUAUCACCCAGCUCCAGCCUUUCAUCGAGUCCAUUUUCCAGCUUCUUCACAUCAUCUCCCAGGAGAGCAACCGCAGUGAAGGUCUCAUGCGGUCGGCCAUGGGUGUUAUUGGUGAUUUGGCCGAUGCUUUCCCCAAUGGUGAGCUCGCUGCGUACUUCCGCAACGAUUGGGUCACCGCUCUCGUGAGAGAGACCCGCACAACCAAACACUACAGCGAGCGCACAAUUGAGACUGCCCGCUGGACCCGUGAGCAGGUCAAGCGCCAGAUCAACCUGGGUGCCGGCAUGGCUUGA